CGAAAGCCAUAUAUGCUAAGCUAGCUUAUAUACUAAGUACCACGAGAGAAAAGAAGAAGAAAAAAACAUGUCGGUAUUUAAGCUGCGAUCCAACAAACAGUUCAUCCGAACCCUCAAAGAGUCGCCGGACAUCCAAGUCCUUGAGUACGCCGGCGACCCGCUCGAUUUCGGAAUGGCCAACCUCGACGCCCUAAGCUGGAGCCCUCCGUCCGUCGUCGGCCCAUCUGCCGAGGCGACGUUCGAUGCGCUGGAGGUGUUCGGCGUCACGAUCGCCGGUGACCAACUGAAGGAGCUGGUUGGAGAUCUGAAGAUCAGCUGUAGUAGGGAUGACAGGAAGCUGUGCCUGGCGGUCAACCGUCAAGGCCUGUGCUUCGUGGCUGUGAAUACGGUCAAAGGGCUCAGGGCGAUGAGAGUCAACGAUCACUUCGGCUGGUCCAAGUACGGGGUGGUGCCAGAAAUCGGUAGCGACGACGUAUGGAGCGUAUGUGACAUGGGAAACGGCGACGUUUUGAUGGGGCCACCGACCGUGGACGGAAGCUGCGGUAAAGAUGAAGAUGAAGAUGCCAAGUUUUGUGGUGUGUGGAAAAAGGUGGUGGAGGAGAAGGAGAAGGUGAUGGAGAAGACGGAGGCGCUGCUCAGGAAGUCGAUUGAAGAGAAGGAACAAGAAGCGGCUUCUCUCAAGGCUGCCCUAAACGCCCUUACUAGUGCGGCAAAUAGAAAGAAAGAAAGAAAAUUAAGUUAGCUAGUGUGGUGUUCUAUGUUUUUUCUAUACUAAUAAAAAAGUGUAGAUGGUUGUGUUAAUGUGCAAAUUUCAAACUCAUAUGAGUGGAUUUUGUUUGUGGAUGUGUCAAUAAGCAACAUGUGAUUUAUGAUUAAAUCUCUAAACAAUUUGAGUUAUUUGGUGCAAAUUAAUUUAAAAUCAAUUUUAAUUAGGAAUGAAAGUAUUUGAUGCUA